GGCGGCGCGGUGGCUCGCGACCCAGCAGAGCUGGCUCUGUCGCCGCACCACCAGCUGCGGCUCUGGGACCUGCAGACCAGCCGGGGCCGGGAGCCGCCCGGGGCAGGGCUCGAGAGAGCGGGCCCCACCAUGAGGCCCCAGCCCCUCGGGAGCCCCUGCGCUCCCCUGGCCCCGGGCACACCGUGCUAGCCCCAGGAGGGCAAGGGCAGGCAAGGGGGCCAUGGCCAGCCACGUGGACCUGCUCACCGAGCUGCAGCUGCUGGAGAAGGUACCUACGCUGGAGCGCCUGCGCGCAGCCCAGAAGCGCCGGGCUCAGCAGCUGAAGAAGUGGGCACAGUACGAACAGGACCUGCUUCACCGUAAGCGCAAGCAUGAGCGGAAGCGCAGCACAGGUGGCCGUCGCAAGAAGGUGUCCUUUGAGGCCAGUGUGGCGCUGCUCGAGGCCUCACUGAGGAACGAUGCCGAAGAAGUACGCUACUUCCUGAAGAACAAGGUCAGCCCUGAUUUGUGUAACGAGGAUGGCCUCACAGCCUUGCACCAGUGCUGCAUUGACAACUUUGAAGAAAUCGUCAAGCUGCUGCUUUCCCAUGGUGCAAACGUGAACGCCAAGGACAACGAGCUGUGGACUCCCCUGCACGCUGCAGCCACCUGCGGCCACAUCAACCUGGUGAAGAUCCUCGUUCAGUAUGGGGCUGACUUACUUGCUGUCAACUCUGAUGGGAACAUGCCAUAUGACCUCUGCGAGGAUGAACCCACCCUGGAUGUCAUUGAGACCUGCAUGGCAUACCAAGGAAUCACCCAGGAGAAAAUCAACGAGAUGCGGGCAGCUCCUGAGCAGAAGAUGAUAGCGGACAUUCACUGCAUGAUUGCCGCCGGCCAGGACCUUGACUGGAUAGAUGCCCAGGGGGCCACGCUGCUACAUAUAGCUGGGGCCAAUGGAUACCUACGGGCAGCUGAACUUCUCCUGGACCACGGAGUGCGUGUGGAUGUGAAGGACUGGGAUGGCUGGGAGCCUCUGCAUGCAGCAGCCUUCUGGGGACAGAUGCCAAUGGCAGAGCUGUUAGUGUCCCAUGGAGCUAGUCUCAGUGCCAGGACGUCCAUGGAUGAGAUGCCAAUAGACCUGUGUGAGGAGGAGGAGUUCAAGGUCCUGCUGUUGGAGCUUAAACACAAGCAUGACGUCAUCAUGAAGUCCCAGCUGAGGCACAAGUCAUCUCUGAGCCGCAGGACGUCCAGUGCAGGCAGCCGUGGGAAGGUGGUGCGUCGAGCCAGCCUGUCAGACAGAACGAACCUGUACCGGAAAGAGUAUGAGGGAGAAGCCAUCCUUUGGCAGCAGCGGAGUGCAGCAGAGGACCAGCGUACCUCCACCUACAACGGAGACAUCAGGGAGACCAGGACAGACCAGGAGAACAAGGACCCGAACCCCAGGCUGGAGAAGCCAGUGCUACUCUCAGAAUUCUCUACCAAGAUUUCCCGGGAAGAACUGGAUGGACCUGUGGAAAAUGGCCUCAGGGCUCCUGUCAGCACCUACCAGUACGCACUGGCCAACGGGGACAUAUGGAAGAUGCACGAGAUGCCUGAUUACAGCAUGGCCUAUGGCAACCCCAGGGUGGCUGAUGUCCCCCCACCCUGGAGCGGCUUCAAGGAGCAGAGCCCCCAAACGCUCCUGGAGCUGAAGAGGCAGCGGGCCGCAGCCAAGCUGCUCAGCCAUCCCUUCUUAAGUACCCACCUGGGCAGCAGUGUGGCCAGGUCAGGGGAGAGUAGCAGUGAAGGCAAGGCCCCCUUGAUCGGAGGCAGAACUUCCCCCUACAGCAGCAACGGGACCUCGGUGUAUUACACGGUGACCAGCGGAGAUCCCCCGCUCUUGAAAUUCAAGGCCCCCAUGGAGGAGAUGGAGGAGAAAGUCCAUGGCUGUUGCCGGAUCUCCUAGUCUCUGGGAACUAGAGGAGAGAGCUGCCUCGGAGAUGUGCCCUUGGAAUCCACGCCAGCCCUGGCUGGGGAGGUGUCAGAGGGAAGCCAGGGAGAGGUGGGAGCUGCUUUCCAGAUAAAUGCUGACCUCACCUCAUGCCCAGCUGCCCAUAGCAUCCCUAUUCCCCUCUGUGCUGCUUUCCCGCUUCAAUGCCUACAUCUGAAGCAUAGCGGCCCCAGCUCACUCUUAUUCAGGGAGGCUGAGCUUGGGAUCUCAGUUCUGUACUUUAUAAAGGCUUCUUGAGACCAGAACUAACACCCACCACCCUUCUCUCUCUCUCUCUCUCUCUCUCUCUCUCUCUCUCUCUCUGUCUCUCUCUCUCCUCUCUCUCUCUCCCCCCCCCCCUCUCUCUCUCUCUCACACACACACACACACACUUCAGUGUGUGGGAAUGUUACACCUGAGCUCUUGGUGGGGCUGAGAAUUUGUAGGUUAUUCCCAGAAGACAAGAAAGUCUUGGCACACCUAUUGGCUUCCACGGGGUUCAGACCUGCUCAGCUGAGACCCACAGUUCUGCUUAGAGUCACAUCCAUUUGGCUGGGCCACCACCCACACCUAGGAGGGACAGGAAGUCUUUCUCUGUUUUCAUGGGAUCCAGGAAUCAAUAUGGAUCAUCAGAUCAGUGGGUCCAGGCCUGCUCCCAACAGCCUCACUGAGAGCCACUUUCUUGCGCAUGUCAAUAGGCUGGUGUCUGACUGUUCAAGGGCCACGCUUGAGAACCAGGCCAUCUACUCUUAGAAGAAACCAAGUCUUGUUUUGGUCUUCUGGGGAAGCACAGGAGUUGGGUAGGGUGCCACACAUUGGUAUUUUCCAAACUGCAUUUGGUUAAAAUCUUCUUUGAGGCUGUAAAAUUCCAGGUGGGAGGUAACUGAAUUUGCCUUCUUCCGAGACAAAGUCACGGCUGGGUUUUAUUGUCUGGUGUUUGAAAAGUGAAUUUUAUCAGGAGCGUCUGUGGGGGCCUCUGAGGGGAAGGAUGAGUGCAUUGCUGAGGACACCCUGGUUAACACUGAUAGGACACAGCAUGCCGGCUCUUGUGGUUUCCAGGCUGUUUGGGUCCAGCCCAUCUCAGCUAGUCCUUCUCAGUCUGAGUGAGCAGUUGCAGCUUGCCUGUGCACCACCCUCCCGGAGCCUUACACAGCCAAGUGUGCAGAGUGACUGUUGGGCCCACACCCCUCCACGCUUUGCCUUUUCUGUAAUGCUAUGUAAGACCUGUUUGCCAAUGAUCACUUGUUGGCUCCUGCCAGGAGGUCUCAAAGCUCCCAGCCCACUUUUGCUGGAGCAGUAAUGCCCAAAACUGCAAACGGAGGUGUCCGUGGCCACUGUCCUGUGCUGCGUCCAGGAGAGGGGUAGCAUGGCUGGAGUUGACUUGCCUUCCAGCUGUACAGGUUUGCUGCCCUCGUCUUCCUGAUGUUGGGGAAGGAAGCCCACACCAUUUCACCACCACACUCUCCCACAAACCCACCGAAAUUGUGUGCCAUACCUUGGGUGCGACACACAGGCUCCACCAAAAUCUUCUAAUCUUCUGGUGUAACUAGCAAGCUACAAGUUUGUUCCUUGCUCUGUGUUCCUUUUAUUUGUCCUUAAACUACCUCCUUAGAGCCCUGAGAGGGUCCCUAAGUAUAGAUUUAGAUUUAAGGGACAGAUACCCAUGUUGUAAUGGCCCCCUGUGCCAAAACCUGAGUAGUCAGUCUUGCCAUUGGUCUCUGUCCCCACUGUGGCCUUGGGACCUCAGAAGGCUAGAGAUGAGUUAGGACCUAACUGGGUCAGGGUAAUGCUUUAUCAGGAUCAGAGGUGUGGGGAGGGAGCUGGAUGCAGAAGGUGGUCACCCCCACCCCAAUUCCAGGACAAAUGCAAUCUGGCAUGGUGGGGCAACAUAGGAGACCAAAGUCAGUUUCUUGAAUCCCUGGGGCCUUAGCUAGGUUCUGCAGCCCAUGGCUGAAAGAGGAUGAUUAAAACACACAUGUGUGGCUUUAAACCAGUAUUUGGCUCUGACAGACACUGAGAUGCUUCUCAAGCUGACUUUAGCCACAAGGUGGGCAGUGCCCAGGCAGCCAGCCACAUACUCUUAGGAGUCAGCUGCCCAGGGUUGCGGAGCUCUUUGCUCAGGGGCUAGAGAGUGAAGGCCUUUAUUGCCCUCUCUGAGCCAUUCAGGCCAUUCCUCCUUCACCCCCAGCACUUCUUCCUGCCCUCUGGGCCAUUCCUGUCUACUUGACGGAUGGGAAACUUAGCUGCCUCUUCUGUGGGAGCUAGCCUCAAACAGUGUGGACUCAUGAGAUUUUGUUCAUGUUUUCCACCAGGGGCAAACAGACGUUCCCUGUUUGGGCUCCCAGUCCCCAGGGCACUUUCCCUGCGACUCUUUGGAAUAUUGAGAGUCACAAUGAGGAAUAACCUCCAGUGCAUGAGCCAGGGCCACCCACUCACUCACUUGUGUAACCUGUUGAGGUGCUGAGACACACCAGACAUGGUGGUGGUAGUUUCUGCAGAUAAUGGACCAGCCAGGCAGCAAGGACUUGGAUCCCUUGAGGACUGUGGGCAUCCCCAGACGCAUCCAUUAUUCUGAUAAGAGUGCCUGCAUCCCAGACUAGUGCCCCUGUGCUUUGCAGAUCCUGCAGUUCUUAGUGUGAAUCUCUUUAGCUGGGGUGCAACUUUAUGACCACACCAAGAUAACAUUUGCUACUAAGUGCAGAUGCUAGAUCUUGGGUUCCAGGCAGACACACCACACCAGUCCAUCUAGAGCCUUCAGAGGUAACCUUAAGGCCAGCAUCCCUGGAGAACAAUAUAACGGCAGUCUGAGGUCAGAUCCUGGAAGAAUUAGAAGCCUGCAAUUUGCUGUCAAACGCAUCCCUAGCUUUUACAGCCAUCUCUUGCUCAUUUUUACUCAUAAAUCAUACAGUCUCUUCUCCUACCCAACCAAUGCAUAUUAGGAGUGAGAAUAACUACUCUUUCCUUUUCAUAGCAAAACUUUCCCUGUGUGUCAGCCUCUCUCCCUGGAAAGUGUGGAUCCAGGGGCUAGGGAAAGCUUGACAAGGUUGACCAGAUGUCCCACUCCCACCAGGAACCUGUGUCUCGGUAGCCAAUCUUGGCAAACUGCAGACAUCUAUUUCCAAACUAGUGCCCCGCAGUUCCCUGUGAACUGUGCUACUUGCAGCAACCCUGUUCUCCCUAAACAAUUAGAAAUUGGUAGCUAUCACCAGAUUGUGAGUUUCUGGCCAGUAGCUCAGGGAAUUGGGAUAAUUCUUAAGCCCAGGUCUACUGAAGAUUUUGGGGAUAUAAUUCUUUAUCAAAUAUUCAGCAUUAAUGAAGCUUCUCUGCACUAUUUGAUGAACGUUUAGAUGCUUGAAAAGGUUGCCAGAGUGUGGCACCCAGACGGACAUAGUGGCACACACCUUUAAUCACAGUACUAGAGAGACAGAGGCAGGCAAUGUAUUUCCGAAUUCAAGACCAGCCUGGUCUGCACAGUGAGUUCCAGGCUCUACAGAGAAGCCCUGUCUCAAAAAAAUCAAUUAAAUAAAUAAAAGUAAAAUACGAUUCCCUGAUUGACCUGGCACAGUCUAAGUUUGUAACAGUGUGAGAUUUUUGGUUCUUAGUGUCUGAUACUCUUGGAUCCUGAGCUUUCUCUCCUACCUGCUCUCCCAAAGCAGGGUAUCAGAAUGCUUUCCAGAGGGACCAUCCUUCUAUGACACCAGGACUGUCUGAACCCUCACUGUUUGUAGCCUGGUGAUAGCCUCUCCUUCCCCAGGGCACAGAAAAGCCAGGGUCACAUGGCCACCACUUUCCUAGUAAACCCUUUGGCCUCUCCUCCACAGGAGUCCCUUGUUGGCCAGAGGGCCUGCUUCUUGUGGGCACUUUCAAGUGCCACUGUGCGGGGCCUGGCUCUGCACACCCAGGAUAAGUCUGCAGACCCCCAGCCCUCCGCAAUAACUCAACAGACCAGAAGCCACUGAUGUACAGAGAACACUUAAGGAAAAAAAAAUGUAUUUUAUGUGAAAAAAGUUAAAACUCUGUAUACUGUAUCAGCAGCUUUGUGUAAAAAUGGCAAUCAAAAGAGUCUAAUAUAUUUAAAACUUUUUUUAAAAAAAAUUCUCAUGGAUCUUUGAUAUUGUACUGAAGUAGCGCCAUGCCUCCAAGAUGGAGUCUGACUAUAUCCCCAAGGGGCCUGUGCCCCUGGAGUUACUUCCAGCUGCCAAGGCCUGUGACGGAAUUCGCUGUUAUGGAUUUUUAAUUAAGAUUAUUAAAUUCCUUUUAAUAACA